UGUUGUGUCUCUGUGCGAAGGAAGAAAAUGGUGGCAUAUUUCUGAGGAAACAGUGAAAAUGCAGAGCACAACCUUCCAGUAAGGUAAACCAGUGAAGUUAGGAUAAGGGCAAUGUGUGCCAACAAAAUUCCAUUAUAAUUCCUCUGCGGCUUGGGAACCCCGAUGUGCCCUUCAGUAAGGGCUACUUAGUGAAAAAAACCCUUCAAUAACAGCAACAGUUUCAGUUGUCUCUGUCUCUGUUUCAGGUACAACCACUACGUUCUAACAUCUCAGCAGCUGCAUGCAGCAAGUGCUUCUGGUUUGGCAUUUGGUAGCUAUAAACCUUUGGAGGCAGCACGAAGUUCUUCCUGUGCAAAAGCAAGCUCUUAUGCCUUACUUGUGAGGGAAGGCAUUCCACUAAAUGAAUUAAAUUUAUUCACUGAGUCAAGUUUGAUGGAAUGAAGACAGCUGAUGUAAGCCUAUCUUAAUCCAAUCUUGUGGUGUCACAGUGUUUCUUAGCCUGUGAAGUCAGUCUCUGAAGAAAUCCCAGCAUUAUUAUUUGCACUGCUCAGUGUCUACAGGUCCCAGGUAAAACGUACUUUAUCAAAGAGUCUUAAAUACAGUGAAAACUUCCUGGAGAAUCUUAUCCUCUAAGUAGGCAAGAAAGAUGAAGAGUGAAGGAGGAAAAGAUAAUAAGAUAAAUGGAAAUACCUGUGCUGUUGUACCUUCAUGAUGUGUCUUCUAAAUGUCAUCUGUGUUUUUCCUAAGUACUCAAGUUAAAAAUAUACUGACAUCUUUCGAGGGGAAAAAUUAUAGAAACUAAAUGGUUAUAUUAGUUGUGGGAUUGAACUUUUCACCUGCUAAUGCAAAUAAUUAAUUUCAGCCGACACCGAUGGCCCUGCUGAAGCUGUAGAUAAAAGCACAGCCUCAGCAGAUGCAGUUCUCGGUGUCCUAAGGACUCCAGAGAAGAAUCUGUCAGGACCCACAGCAAUACAACUCCACAAAAAGAGACACCUUCGGAACAAAGAUGAACAUCGGGAAAGCUUAUAGUACCUUUAACAUCAGCAACGGAACAGAUCUAGCUGUUGGCUUUACCUCUUCCACAGUAGCUGUCCUUCUAUUUGGGACAAACUUUGUGCCUGUUAAGAAAUUUGAUACUGGUGAUGGCAUGUUCUUCCAGUGGAUUCUCUGUGCCUCCAUAUGGAUAGUUUCUUUGGUGGUCAAUUUAAUCCAGAAUUGCCCCCGGUUUUGGCCUCUGGCUAUGGUUGGGGGUUUCGUGUGGGCUACAGGCAAUGUUACAGUUGUCCCUAUUGUUAAAACUAUUGGCUUAGCUCUUGGUCUUUUGAUAUGGGCUUCUUUUAAUUUGCUGACAGGUUGGGCAAGUUCAAGGUUUGGUUGGUUUGGAAUUGACCCAGAAGAGGUAUCAAGACCAAUCUUAAAUUCUAUUGGAGCUGGACUUUCACUAUUAAUUGCCGUCAUAUUUCUUUUUAUAAAAACUGAAGUCCAGAGUUCUUCAGCUUCAUUAGAAAGUACACCUUUACUGAGAGAAAGCUCUAUUAAUGUUUCUGAAGAUACCUCUGAUGACUCAUGGGUGAACAGACUUUCUCCAGCAAAAAAAAGACUCAUAGGAUGUAUCCUGGCUGUAGUAGCUGGAAUACUUUACGGUUCCAGUUUUGUACCAGUACUUUACAUCAAGGACCAUGGAAGAAGAAAUGAAACUAUAUACACAGGAGCAAGUCAAUUUGAUUUAGAUUAUGUGUUUGCACACUUCAGUGGAAUAUUUCUUACAAGUACUGUCUACUUUUUGAUCUAUUGUGUAGUCAGGAAAAAUAAACCUAAUGUUUAUCCCCAAGCCAUAUUGCCAGGGUUUGUUUCUGGUGUACUUUGGGCAAUAGCCAAUUGCUGCUGGUUCAUAGCCAAUCACUAUCUCAGUGCUGUGGUCAGCUUUCCAAUAAUUACUGCAGGUCCUGGCCUUGUUGCUGCAAUGUGGGGAGUCCUUGUAUUUAAAGAAAUCAAGGGACUGAAAAAAUACGUGUUACUCUCAGUAGCGUUUUGCAUCGUUUUGGCUGGAUCACUCUCCACAGCUUUUUCUAAAGUUUGAAAGGAUCUUCUGGACCAGUAGAUGGUGCUACUGUUUAAUAUCAUCAGAAAGACAAUAUUGGGAUAUCGCAAUACAUAAUAAUUUUCAAAAUGUAUGUCCAACAUUUACCCUAACUUGCUUCAGGCAAGUGAAAAAGAAAACCUUUGCUAAAUGCUCCCAUUUGGCAUGAAAGAAAAUCUGGAAAUGUUUGUUUCUGCAUUUCUUGGAACGUAAGAAUAUCAAAGGAUUUUAUUAAAUAAAGCUAAAUUAUUUUAUAGUUACUAAUUUUUUUUUUCUGGUUCGGGUAUUAAACUUCAUGUCAUCAUAAAUUGUUGCAGUUCACUGUUGUGAUGAUGGAUAAAUGGAUUUUUAAUUCUUAGUCUGUAAUACUGUAUGUAUUUGCAAGCUGAUUUGUUUUAUUAUAACAUUCUGUCUUACUGACUUGAAUGUAAAAUAUGUCUUGGAAUAUUCUUUAUGGAACUGAUUCAGAUGAAGAUGUGAAGCAUUUUUUUAUUUAGAAGCAUUAUUCUUUAAAGUCAUCAGUUUAUGUAAAAACUUUUAUCUUCUAAUCACUUCAGAAUUUUGAAGGAAAUACAGGGGAAAAAAAAGUGCUGUAAAAUAAAUUAUAUGUGUUUGCUGCUAAACUGUUUGCUUAAGUGCAAGAACAUUAUGUAGAAAUCAUGACCAGGAUACAAAUAGUUGGGGAAGUUUGGUUUUUUAAAUUCAGUUGUAUGAAACUUUGCAAGUAAGCAUUACAUUUCUGUAACUUGUGGUGUUGCACUAUGAGCUAAGUAUGUGGUUCAAAGUUCGUUUCCAAAUAACUUUGGGCAUUUUCUGAAUACUUACUUUUCUUUUCUGUGUAGCAUCUUCAAAUCUUUAAAAUUAUGUAUGGCAAUAUUUAUUACAUUGAAGCAUCACGCUAAAACUACCCAAUCAUUAUUCUACCCAAAGCAAGGUCAUCUAUAUGUAACUCACUUCUGACAGUUAUUGUCUAACUUAUUUCUUUAAAAAAAAAAAAAAAAAAUUAGGUUUCACAACAUUUUUAGGCAAACUAACCAGCUUCUACCUACCUGUCCUGCUAGAAAGUCUUAAUAUACAAGGGAAAUCCCCUAUGAAGACUGUUAUGUCCACUGUUCCAUGACCACCACUAAUGUGGAGAACUGUUUAUUUUCUUACUCAUGGCAGCUAACAUUUAUAUGUGCAAAGCAUGUUGUCUGAACCUCCCCUUAGUCUUUUCUUCAGUAUAUUAGACAACCCCAGCUCCUGCAGUCUUCCCUUGUUUGUAAUGUGCUCAUUACUUUUUCUCGUUCUUUCCUGAACUCUCACUAAGUGGACUAGAUCUGUCUAGAAAAACUAGACGUGGCAGUCAGACUACGGUCUUACAAAAACCAAGAGCAGCAGUAGGAUUUUUUUUUUUCAUCCAAUUUGCAAGCUCUGUUUGUGGUUACAUAUCAUAGUAUGACACUUUUUGCCAUCACAGCUUGAUAUUGUUAACGUGUUCAGAUUGCAAUCAUAAUUUCUCUUUUUUCCCUUCCACGCUGCUUUGUCUACUAUUUAUCAGAUUUGAUCUUAGAACUGUUACUUAGCCCGCUUUUUCCCUGUCCCGUAUUGUUUAUUCCUACCCAAGUGUCAGAACUUGGUGUCUAACAGGUUUUUUUUCCCCUUAAGGCAUUUCUCUAAUUUUGCUCUGUACAUUAACCCUGUCCUCCAACAAGUUGGCAACAGUUUCCAGCCAGAUGUCCUCUGCAAAUUUAAUAAAUGCGCUCUCUAAUUAUUGUAAAUCAUUUCUGAAAAUGCUGUAUGAUACUGGCCUUUCCUUACUUCUUGGAAUCUAAUACAAUACUUCUUUUCACUCUGACAGGGAACAAUUGAUUACUCUUUUGAGCACAAUUUCCCUCUGUCUUAUGGUGGUUUUAUUUAGACUGUAUUCUCCCAGCUUUUAUGUAACAUCCGAUACAGUUGUUCGAGUCAAGAUACAUGAUGUGUACCACCCUAAUACCUGAUCUUGGGAAGAAAACAGGUCAGUUUUCUUUCUAAUAUCCAGGUCAGGCACAAUUUCUUCUUGACAGAUCCUUGACUGUUACUUACCUAGCUAUUAUUCUAUUGACUCAGACAAGGUAGACUAAUUUGUUCACACGUUUUUGAAAUAACUUGAAUUAAAUUGGACGUUUAUAAUUUC